UUCCCUAACUUUGGACAGGUGCUCUGAGCUCUGCCCUUACAUACAGCCUGGAUGGGGGACAGCUGGCAAACUGGCUUCUAAAAGACCUCAGUCCAGUAGGGGACCCUGCAUGAUCAGAUGGGGCUAGAACUCCUUCAAGGGAAAAUCCUUGAGCUGAAGGGUAUGUGGAGACAGAUGGAUCAAAGAAAGGGUGUGGGACAAAGGCUUAAGGUAAGAAUAAGCUUUGCCUGGGAGGGGACAGAAUAACCAGUUUAGUUUAGCAGUGUGGUGGGAUGUGAAGGUUCCUUGGGUGGGGCCUUGAAUGGUAGUUAAAAAGCCAGGUGGUGCUGAUGUGGGGGAUGGUACGUAAGAGUAGAACGAUGAGGACUUUAGGCUUCAGCAAAGAGGAAGGAGAUGAAACAGGACUCAGGCUGAAUGGGAUUGACUUGAGUUCAGGGUGCAGCGGAGCCUCAGGGGAUCUCAGUUUCAAGGGUUUGAGGAAGGAAAGCCACUAGAUCUUCCCAGUAUGAAGCAGGGACUAGGUUGUGCGAUCUUCCCUCUCCUCCAGGACAGGACAGAUCCCCUUCUGUCAUCUAAUUUGUGAGCUGCCUUAACAGGCCACCUGAAGGACUUCCUUCAUUUCCGGUUGCAAAGCUCAGGGUGUAAGUGUAGGAAGAAGGCUGCCCAUCCCAUCCCUGUGUAAGCAUCACCAGCGGGUUUGUAGCUUCCCAAUGCCUGAAAACUCUAGGGUUUCCUCAGUCAUCACACCUUCCUAGAGCACUGUGUCUUAUGCCUGCCAGAGCUGCCACCCACCCUCCCUGAGAAUGCCCCAGAACUGCUUGCCAAGGCCACUUCAAGAACUCAGCCAUGGGGCCAGGGUUUGGGCUAUGGCUGGAUGCCCUGUGGGCAUGCACUUGCACACCUUGCAUGGAUGGGGAGCAGGGGUUAAGCCCACAUGAAAACAUCCAGGCAAGUUGGAGGCUGUGACACUGGUUUUGGCAAGGAGACAGCCAAGAAACUGGAUGCUAUGGGCUUCAUGGUGCUGGCCACUGUGUUGGACCUGAAUAGCCUCGGUGCCCUAGAGCUGCGUGCCUCCUGUUCCCCUCGCCUAAAGCUGCUGCAGAUGGACCUGACCAAGCCAGAGGACAUCAGCCAUGUGCUGGAGUUCACCAAGGCCCACACCACCAGCACUGGCCUCUGGGGUCUGGUCAACAAUGCAGGCUUUAACGACAUAGUGGCUGAUGUGGAGCUGUCUCCAAUGGCCAAAUUCCGCAACUGCAUGGAGGUGAACUUCUUUGGUGUACUUGCGCUAACCAAGGGACUUCUGCCACUUCUGCGCCGCUCAAGGGGUCGCAUUGUGACGCUGGGCAGUCCAGCAGGAGACAUGCCAUAUCCGUGCUUGGCAGCCUACGGAACUUCCAAGGCAGCCAUAGUACUACUCAUGGACUUAUUUGGCUCUGAACUUCUUCCCUGGGGGAUCAAGGUCAGCGUCAUCCAGCCUGCCUGCUUCAAGACAGAGUCAGUGAUAAAUGUGAACCUCUGGGAACAACGCAAAGAACUGCUGCUGGCCAACCUGCCCCAAGAGCUGCUACAGGCCUAUGGUGAAGACUACAUUGAGUACUCACACAAGCAAUUCCUGAAUUCACUCAGCAAGGCACUGCCUGACCUCAGCCCAGUUACAGAUGCCAUCACUGACGCGCUGCUGGCAGCUCGGCCGCGCCGCCGCUAUUACCCAGGCCGCGGCAUGGGGCUCAUGUACUUCAUUCACUACUACUUGCCAGAGAGCCUGCGGCGCCGCUUCCUGCAGACCUUUUUCAUUGGUCCCCGGGUGCCCCGAGCACUGCAGCCCGGCCAGCCUGGCCUUACUCUUGCCCAGGAUGCAACCCAGAACCCAAACCUGAACCCAGGCCCUUCCCCAGUGGUGGCUCGGUGAGCUAUGGGCUAGCUACUCCAGCAUAUGAGGCUCCAUGAGCCUUUGGCUCUCCCCUGGCCAUUCUGAACCCCAGAGCCUAGCCUAACAAACUUCAGCUGCCCCACUCCCAAUGCCCAGUCCAGGCCCAAGAGUCUGAGGAUGUCCAGGGAGCUUCUAGGUCUCUACUACUUUGUAGGCCCAUACAGACCCUCUUGAACACAAUACUCUACGCUGCAGGCUGGAGAAUCCAUCUGGAUGGGGAGUUUUGUGCAAGAUUUAGCUAUAGCCUUCAUUGGGACCCUGCAGACAGUGUCUCUGCAAACUAAGAGUGACUGGUGCUCACUUCGGCAGCAUACAUACUAAAAUUGGAACGAUACAGAGAUGAUUAGCAUGGCCCUUGCACAAGGAUGACAUGCAAAUUCAUGAAGCAUUCCAUAUUUUUGUAUAUAUUAAAAAAAAACAAAGAGUGGCUGGGUGGGUUGGGGACCCCCCUCAGGAUUAUUUCUUGGCACCAAUGCCUCAGUGCUACAAUUCCAGGGUGUCCCAUCUGACUCUUGACUGGCUCAAGACUUAGGACCCCAGCUUCCCACUUCCAAGCCACAGGGAAGCUGUAUACCUUACUUGCCUGAUUGCUACUUUUUAAAUAAAGAUAAAUUUUUAUUUCUCCUAGAA